AUGAAAAACAGAAGCCGAGAGUUCCUGAAGAAACGGGGCGCCCUCUUCGAAAAGAGAAAGACGAAGGAGAAGAACGAGGUAGAACUUCUCUUCGGAAAAAUAUCCGAGAGUCUCUCCCUCCUCGAGUCUCUCACCUCCCGCGUGGAGAAAGAGUGCGCGCUCUACUGCAUCCCCUCCUUCAAGAGCAAGACGGACGUAGUCAGGCGGAUAGAAAGCUUAAAGUGCGAGAUAGCCUUAAACCUAACGAAAGCCAAGGGAAUUAUGGACCACUUUUCAACGGCCUACAGAAAGUCCAUAAACCACGUCCUAGUCGAGUCUAUAGGCGUGCACUUUCACUACAAGAUAGAUGCGAUCCUUGCACGCAUGAAUGACUCCCUGCAGAGAAUAGAGGGGUCCCGAGAACUUCUUUCUGCAGAGGGAAAAAGCACUGUAGAGUCCGUCUAUAAGUCCGUCUUCUACAUAAACACAAUAAUAAAGGAGCUGAAGGCCGUGGUUAUAUCGCAGUCUGAUAAGAUAGAAAGACUCGAUACGGCGAUGGAGUACGUCUCCAGCAGUGCCAAAAAGUCUGCAGGAGAGAUAUCCUCCAUCGCCACAUUUGGAUCCCACGCCAAGAACAGGAUUAUUUCUGUGCUUUUCUUCUGCAUCCUCGUCCUUGUCGCUCUCUCCACGAUGAAAGCGUACAUGCACUCAGCAAAGGCCAGGCGGAGGGAGAAAAGGCGGAGGGAGCCCUCUAUAGGAUGGACGAUGCACGAGCCCACAGAGAGAACAUUCUCAAAAGAAGCAUUCUCAAAAGCAGAACUCUCAAGAACAAGGGCGUGGGGUGCACUUCAGGCUAGAAUUGCGCAAUAA